UGUAUACAAGCGUAACUCAGCUAAGUUUAUUACGAAAGUUGCUUGACAAGUGCUAAAUUACUGAUCGGGCAUAUGUCAAGUUUUGUUUAAACUGCUGAAAUGGCAUGCUGUUAAAUGGAAGAAUGACAAGAGAGUACUGGUUUAAUUGGAUAUGUUUUCGGUGAUUACUGCCUAAUUGGUUGUUAACUUAAUUUUGUUAUUCUUCUGCCUGGAAUCAGGUGGAAGGUUGUGUUAUAUGUUUGUUAAAAUCAUUGUGUCUCCUGCUGUCUUCUCCGGGAUGACUAGAGCACAUGUAGUGAGCAGUCUUGCAAUUUGCAAUACAUCACUAUGGAUGGAGUAAAUACACAAUAAUGAGUCGUCCACAGGAACCACACCGACCAUUCUUCCAUUUUGGAAAUCCUUUUAAGAUGAUUGCACCAAAGGGUUCCCAACUGUCUCCAAGGCUUGUUGGACUGUUGAACACGUUUGAGGAAACAUUGGCUGGGAGGCUAAGAAAGCUUAACCCAAAAGACAAGGAUGAUGUCCUCAGCUUGUCAUGGAUGAAAUUAGCCAUGGAGUCUCUUUGUGGAACUCAUAAUGACAUAAAAUCCCUCAUAGCUGAAAUUGAUCUCCCUGUGAGUAACUGGGACGAGAAAUGGAUUGAUGUGUACUUGGACAUCAGUGUGAAGUUGCUUGAUGUAUGCAUUGCUUUUAGCUCUGAGAUCUCACGUUUAAACCAGGGACAUCUUUAUCUUCAGUGUGUCUUGCAUAAUUUGGAUUCAACUACUUCAGACCAAUUUAUUCGGGCCCGUUCUUCACUUGAUGGCUGGAGGCAUCAUAUUGGUUCAAAAAACCCUAGAGUUGAGAACUGUAGCACCAUUUUAGAUAAGCUUGUGGAAUCCCUUGAUCUGCCAAAGGUUAAGAACUCAGCCAAAGGGAAACUUUUGAUGCGUGCUAUGUAUGGAGUGAAGGUGUUGACAAUAUCUGUUUGUAGUGUCUUUGCUGCCGCCUUUUCUGGUUCUGCAAAGAAGUUGUUAGAUUUGAAUGUUGCUGAUACAUAUUUGUGGGCACAAGCGUUUAACGAUUUACAGGGUAAUGUAAAUGGGGAAAUUAGAAAUGUACUUUCUAGUGGAAGAGUCAUGGUACUGAAGGAGCUGGAAGCAGUUGAUGAUACUGUCAAGGAAAUGGAUCCCAAGAUCCAGGAUGGCGUUGACCUCAGUGAAAGGAAUGCAUUCAAGAAUUCUAUUUCAGACUUAGACAGGAAGGCACAGAAACUCUCCCAAGGGCUCGAUCUUCUUACAAAGGAAGUUGAUGGAUUUUUCCAAAUCCUUUUAGCCGGGCGUGACACAUUGCUUUCCAAACUAAGAUCAGGUGGAGCAGUCUCAGACCGGAUGCUGACGGGAAAUGUGGAAGGUCAGUUUGUGAGAUGAAAAUGAUCUUAGCAAAGCUAACAUCUCUUAUUUAUAAAGAUGGUUUUAGGUAUGGGGCUUUAUGUUUUCUGUUUUUUGUAAGUAUACCAUCUUGUAUGGUGUGUUGUAAUCAGUAUGCUGUGAGUAAUCGUAGUUAUAUUAUUAUUGUACUGGCUUGUAUAAGCGUAAUGGUGUACUAUGGAUUGCUAAUGAUAUAUGAAAGGGUUUUGUUUGAAAUC